GUGCUUACCGUAUGCCUUCUGCAAAAGCGAGGACCAAAAGAAUUGUUGGGAGCAGCACAACAACAAAUGAAUCUCGACGAGGCUUCUUCCCGUUCUUCCAGUAUGCCUCCAUCGUCGGCGUGCAUGUCAUUCUCGUUGGUUUCAGUGCUCUCUAUCUUCCUCAGUCAACUCGCCUGUUCGGACCACUUCCCGUACGAAAGACCGACAGGCCUCAGUCUGAGUUUAUGGAAGCGCUCACAGCGCGUCCUGCGGUGACGGCUGCGUGGAUACUAGCUGGACUAUGCGUUCUGCAGGUGUGGUGGAGCACUUGGGUAAGAAAAUGGUACUUUGGGCAGAAUGCGAUCGGAACACUGGACGAGAUCAAAAUAGCCAGAGCAAAAGUCAAUGCGCUCUGGUUCUUGAGACUUCGUGAAGCCGUCGGAUUCACUCUGUUUGCAACGCUGGUUGCACACAUCAUCAUCGUUCUCUUUGGGGCACCUAUGUCAAGCCAUCAUCUCCAAACGGGUCUCCUAGCUUCUACAGUCGCAGUCUUGACAGCCUUCGUACCCGCUUUCGUGUUUGGGUACCCCUCUCUCGCGUCAGACACGCCUGCAUUGGCCAAUAGGCUGAAUUGGAUCAGACUCUUCGCUGAGCUUUCACCUAGAAACGCAAUUGAACGCGCUGUGGUUCACCCAGCUGUUGGAACUGUCGUCGGUGCGUGGGUCGGUGCCAUUCCUAUCCCACUCGACUGGGAUCGACCCUGGCAAGCUUGGCCUUUGACUCCACUGUAUGGAAGUCUAGCAGGUUAUAUCCUAGGCUCGUUUGUGGCACUCGCCAUCAACUCUAUGAAAUGGCUGGCGAAAGAGCAACUGCGUUCGGUACAGCCGUCUACGAGGUACAAAUCUAGUUGAGAGCCCACAAAGUGGUGGAAAAAAUUAUUUGGUGGGGGAAUACCCAAUCCUUGCUUUGCAUAAGUCUCUAUUACGACGACUCCGCUGAACGCAGGUCCCCGAUGGAUGGUGUGACGUAGUCGGGCACGAUGGUGGAGGCGUUCGGGCCAGUGAUAUGAUCUUCUGAGGUGACACCUGCCGCGCGUAGAACGAACGACUUCGUGAGUAACCUCGGGAAUCCUGGUGGACUUCCGACGUACCUGUCAGGACAAGAAGAGUGG